GUAUUGCACCAAUGAUACAAAUUUUGUGCCUUGUGAUACUUUUUCUGUCAGCCACAGCCUCCUCAGAGUCGGCUCACAGGAAUUAUACAGAAUUCCGUGGAAUUAACUCCACUGACUGCUCAUGACUUCUGGGAAGAAUGUGUGGAAUUUAUGCUCUGUGUGUGUUGUGUUCUGUUGGUAAAAGGCAAGCAGGACUUUUCUGGACUGUCAGAUGGGCUACAUCAUUACUUACGUGGACUGGGCCAACUACACGAUUACACAAGAGGUGGGUCGCUGCAGGCCCGUGGCUGGAACUUUGGAUACGGCAGAGACUGUCAUCUGCUUGCACGUGGUGGAAUCUUUGAAUGCUUUCUGGUUCAGUCUGGGCUGGUGCUUGAUCUUCUUCAUCCCGAGCAUUAUCUUUUCCAUCAAACUGGCCAAAUUUUACAGGAGAAUGAAGUACUCUGAUAGCUACAAUGACACCAUCACAUUGGGCAUCAUCUCUUCAGCAUCCAAAUAAAAUGAACCUGGAGGAUUAGUGCAGGAGUACGGUGCAAUUUUUAAAGUCCACAGAUGCAACUUUGGAAUCACUUCAGGAAACAAAGACAGACAUGUUGCACAGCUGUGGUACAGUGUCGGUCCACACUGACAUAACUACUCAAACUGAGAAUUAAUCUUUUGCAAAGCAGAUUUAUUUGUGAAGUGAAUGGGUCUGAGUUUCCAGAUUAGUGUCACUCAGCAAAAGUUUCAAAGUGACACACACAAAAAAUGUUGUGGUUCCGUCACUCAGGUGGAGGAGCAGAGACUGCAACAGUUAUAACAUUUCUGAAUGUAUAUUAAAGGGAAGCCAAGAAUCUGCAGGGAUUAAAACAAAAAGCAUUUCAAUAAGCAUUUCAAAGCGAUACAUUUGAUUUUUUUGUUACAUACAGUAAAAGUUUCACAGUCGGGUCAAGAUUUUGUAAAGUGAAGCUGAAUUCAAAGUGCUGACUUUCACCUUUACUUUGAUCCAAAUGAGGAGGCUGUUAAUUAAUGGACCAAAACUAUUUGGGCAAACAACCACCCUCAUAAAUAAAAUCUUUUUUGUUGACACUUUGUUAGAAAUAGAAGACCUUUGGGGUCGCUGUUUUCUUCUUCAAACUGUCCCGACUGUGUCAGCUGUCUCAGCUCCUGCUUCUUCUUGGGGUGUUUCACCUUCAGUGUUUUCUUCAUCGAGUGAAAUGCAGGUUAUUUUUGACUGAGCUCUGGUCGUUACAGAACAUUUCAUUUUCCCUCAUGAAAACUUUCAUUUUGCUUUAACACUUCUGUCAUCUGUCAUGCGAAUUAGUUUUAAAUGGUUUGGCUGAGCGUGUGCAGAUAAUAAAGUCAGAUGCUAUUACUUCCGUUAGCUGUUACAAGGCAAAGUAGGCGGGCAGUGUGAGAGUGCACACUUCUGCCAAAAUAACAAUGGCCAACUGUUAGUAAGGGAAAGGCUUUCAGAAUUCUAAAGGGAUAUUGACAGUCAGAGAGAGGGGCCAUCGCAUGACUUCCACUCUCCUCUGUCUGUUGGUGGUAAUCACAUUCUAUUUUUAGUCAUACAUGCUCAUAAUGUAACAUCGCCACCAUACUUCUCCAGUGAGGUUCCAUACUUCCUUUGAUUCAUUUUACCUUUCUCAUCAUUAUAGUACUGACUGUAAAGCCUGAGUGGAGACCUCUGAGCAGAGAACAACACUGAUAGUGUGGGGAAAAAAACAGUUUAUUCUGAUGCUCAGUCACUGGUAUGCACUGAGAAUAGAGUACCAAACAUUUGUUUAAUAGAAUUGUCUGGGUGGAAAUGGGCAGACAGGUUGGUCAUGAACACUGGCGAUGGAUCGGUACACCGAAAUUCAGUUCAACAGCAAACAAUGUCCUUGGUGGAAAACAUCGAGCAAGCAAUCAAGGUACACAAGCAGAAGGUCAGAAUCCAGAUGACAAACAUAGCAGAUUAACUGUUUUUUUUUUUUUGUUUUUUUUUGCAAAUUACAGCAACUUUAUACUGUAAAAUUUACAGGUUCUGUAUUUACAUAUAUUUACUGUAUUUUUUACAGAACUAUCAUGGCAACCACAGCUGCCAUUUUUUUCACUGUAAAAACAGACUUUUUGUUUUAUAGUAUAGAGACAGAACCCCAAAGAUCAGAGCCAAAGUCCAGGAACAUGAACCAUGACACUGAUGUAGUUUUUUCUUUCUUUUCUUUUUUUUGCAGCUUAUAUAGUUUGUCUUAAAUCCUCCAUCUUUACUGUGGUGAAGUCGUGACAGCAAUGGCUGCCUCCUUGAAGGUGUUUCUUAUCUGGCCAACUGUUGUGAAGGAUUAUUAUUUUUGCACGUGGCUACAGGUACAAGACAUUUCUACCCAAUGCCACUCCAACAAUCUGACAAUGACAGAACCCACUUGCAUUAACAAUGGGUGAUCAGUGUACUGCAGUACUAAUACUCCUGCUGCUAGUGCCAUGCGGUGAUUAUCCAUAUUUUUACUUUCUGUGGCUGUGGCACAUGCAGGAUUUCUGCCAAAAUUCAAAAUUCUAAAUACAAGUUCCAUAAAAAGUUAGUAAGUUAGUAUUAGUAAAAAAAAACAGUAGAAAAGGGGGUGUUCACAAUAAUAGUAGUGUGACAUUCAGUCAGUGAGUUCGUCAAUUU